AACGCGCUCUCAUCCCAAAAAAGACAAAAAGAAAAAAAAGAAAGAUUCAAGAAAUCUUGAUUAUUCAAAUGAGUGUAAAGCGGAACCAGAAUUGAUGAAUUUUAUAAUCAUUGUUUCAUAUAUGCCGUUUCAUGCUUUUGGGUGCCAGUUGAAGAUAGUGUGAGAUUUUCUACCUUAAUGUUCUAUGCCACUGAUCUUACAAAAUGUUCAGUUCUGGUUUCAAGACACAAUUUAUAGGCGGUCAGAAAGAGAAAUUUGUAAGGUUGGAAGAUUUGGACUCAAGGUACUCAUUUCAAUCUGAUAUGGCUGCAAAGAACAGAUGUGGAUUUAGUUUAGAGGGACUGACAGCUCCUGGCCGUUCUAAUAAUAACAGUGCAUCGAAGUCAUUUAAAGUAGGAAUCCAAAGAGGAUCUGAAGGACUCCUAACCUUUGGCCGAUCACUAAGAUCUGGAGUCACAAGGGCAGUAUUCCCUGAGGAUCUCAAAGUUUCCGAGAAGAAGAUAUUUGAUCCUCAAGACAAGUCCCUCCUGUUUUGGAAUAGGCUUUUGGUCAUAUCCUGUAUUAUUGCGGUAUCUGUAGAUCCAUUAUUUCUUUAUCUUCCUAUUUUCAGGAGUGAUGAAAUGUGCCUUCAUAUAGAUGAAAGUUUGGCAUACACUACCACAACUCUGAGGACAAUAAUUGAUGCCUUUUACCUCAUUCGUAUGGUUCUCCAAUUCCGAACAGCUUAUAUCGCCCCGUCAUCUCGAGUGUUUGGGCGAGGUGAACUUGUAAUAGAUCCCACACAAAUUGCAAGCAGAUAUCUCCAUCGUUAUUUUAUUGUGGAUUUUCUCUCAGUGCUACCUCUACCUCAGAUCGUGGUAUGGAGAUUUCUUCACAGAGCAAAAGGCUCAGAUGUAUUGGGAACAAAACAAGCAUUAGUGAUCAUUGUAUUCAUCCAAUAUAUUCCCAGGUUCGUGCGAUUUAUACCUCUAACUUCGGAGUUGAAGAAGACUGCAGGAGUCUUUGCAGAAACUGCAUGGGCUGGUGCCGCAUACUAUUUAUUGUGGUUUCUACUUGCGAGUCAUAUAUGUGGGGCCUUCUGGUAUCUAUUAGCUGUGGAACGAAAAGAUGCAUGCUGGGAGAAAGCUUGUGUAGAAAGUGAAAAGUGUAAUAUAAACUUUUUGUAUUGUGCUCGAGAGGGAUUUUCAAGUAUGGCAGAAUGGAGAAACAUCAGUCGGACUGUUCUUGACCCAAAGUGUGCUGUUAAUGAUGAUGGUACCCCAUCAUUUAAGUAUGGCAUAUAUGCACAAGCUCUAUCAUCUGGUAUUCUUGAAUCUCAGAACUUUGUCUCAAAAUACUUCUAUUGUUUGUGGUGGGGCCUACAGAAUUUGAGUACACUUGGUCAGGGACUUGUAACCAGUACUUACCCUGGAGAGGUUCUGUUUUCUAUCGCAGUUGCCAUUUUUGGUCUCCUCCUCUUUGCUCUUCUCAUUGGUAACAUGCAGACCUAUCUUCAAUCCCUCACAGUUCGGCUCGAGGAAAUGAGGGUCAAAAGACGCGACUCUGAGCAAUGGAUGCACCAUAGAGUUCUCCCUCCUGAACUGAGGGAUAGAGUGAGGCGUUAUGAUCAAUACAAAUGGCUAGAAACAAGAGGAGUAGAUGAGGAGAGCUUGGUCCAAAGUCUACCAAAAGACCUUAGGAGAGAUAUUAAGCGGCAUCUCUGCUUAAAUUUGGUCAGAAGGGUUCCUCUUUUCGCAAAUAUGGACGAUAGAUUGCUUGAUGCCAUUUGUGAACGGCUUAAACCGAGUCUAUACACAGAAAGUACAUAUAUAGUUCGGGAAGGCGAUCCAGUUGAUGAAAUGCUCUUUAUCAUCCGUGGUCGUCUGGAGAGUGUAACAACAGAUGGUGGCAGAUCUGGUUUUUUCAACCGUGGUUUCCUUAAAGAAGGUGACUUUUGUGGGGAGGAACUCCUCACAUGGGCUCUGGAUCCUAAAGCCGGUUCCAACUUACCCCCUUCUACCAGGACUGUAAAAGCUUUGACGGAGGUUGAGGCAUUUGCUUUGAUAGCUGAUGAAGUAAAAUUCAUCACGAGUCAGUUUAGGCGCAUUCACAGUCGCCAGGUUCAGCACACGUUUCGUUUCUACUCUCAGCAGUGGAGGACUUGGGCUGCCAGCUUUAUUCAAGCUGCAUGGCGCCGGUAUUCCCGGAGGAAAAAUGCAGAACUUCGCCGGAAUGAACUCGAAGACGAAGGUACAGACAUUGAAUCAGUACCUGGUACUUCUUCCAGCUUUGGUGCAACAAUGUUGGCGUCAAGAUUUGCAGCUAAUGCUAUGCGAGGAGUUCACAGGCUCCGUAAAUCAACUUCUACACGGCUGAUGAAUUUGCCGAAGCCCCCCGAGCCCGAUUUUGAAUCUGAUGCAUAGCUCUUUUCAUUAGAUGAUCGCAUGAUUAUCUGCCAACUUAGUGAAAAUUUGAAUGUGUUUUACAUUUUUAUUUUUUAAUUUUUUGUUCCUUCUGCUUUCUUUUGUGUAAUGUAUCUAGCAGUAACACUUGGCACAAUUUGCAAUAGAAGUAUGGCGAAGUCCAUGAUAAACUUAGAAUGUAAAUCAUUGUAUUCAUUUGAGCUAAGAGCAGAUGAAUCACCACGCAACAACGAUUUCUUUACUGGUGUCGAGAAAUUAAGAAAUUUUUGAGGGAGGUCUCCUCAAGACAAGCAUGAAAGGACAAAGAGAUGGCUCUUGUAAUUGGUGGUGCAUCCCAAGUUGCUUCCCCUCUCACUCUUGGUCUCCGUUUGGCAAAAUUUAUAAAUUAUGUUGUAAAUCGUCAAACUUCAAUUUCAAUCACACGUUUCGGUAGAUCUACAAAUACU